AUGGACCUCAGGCUUAUGAUUUUGCAAACGUGCACGGGGAAAUUGCUAUCCGAAUACCAAUUAAAUUUACUCCGUAAGAACAACAUAUGCUCCCUGAUCGACUUUUAUGAUGCGGAUGAGAAGAAACUCCACGAGCUAUGGGCCAUAAACAUACAAUCAGUUCGAGAAUUGAAGAAGGAAUUGUCUCUGUUGCAAAAAGGUUCAGUUCAUGAAGGCACUCCGGACUUGAAUUACAAGACGGGAAUUGAAGAGUUGGACAAACUGUUGCACUCCGUGGAGCAGCCCUUCAAGCCAGGCAGAGUUUGGGGACUCUGUGGUCAACCAGGCGUAGGCAAGACUCAGCUGUUGUACACGUUGGCCCUAAAUUUCGUCUGGAAGCAUAGCCAGGCAGUAUUAUUUAUAGACACCAAGCGGGAAUUCUCCUGUAAGAGAAUACAGGACAUGCUGCGCGCCAGAAAAGUGGAUGCAGAAGUCUGUCAAAGGGUCAUGAAAGAAAUCCGUGUGGUGCAGGCUGCUACUGGUGCUGAUAUAAAUGAUCUGCUAAACUCGUUUGAUCAGCAAUUGACCGCCGAAACACAGGCUUCCAUGCAAACGAAGUUGGUCCUCAUUGAUUCGCUUGCCGCUUGCUUCGCUUACCACCGCGGCCGAAGGAUGCGGGACGUCAGAAAGUCAGUGCUGACAGAAUUGGCUUGCAGGAUCCGGAAACUCGCUCUCAGGGGCGUGGCCUUUGUCAUCGGGAACGUGUCAUUCUUUGAAAAGAAUAAAGAUAGCUGUGGUGAUGACGGCGAGCAAGAUGGCGACGUUGAGGAAGUGACGCGACAGCAGUUGGAGCCCAUGCUGGGAUCCUACUGGAGCUCGGUUGCCACGCUCAGAUUGUCGGUGGAGCUUCCAGAGGAAGAGGACUUCACCCUCCAGGACGAUGGCCUGCGUUUCAUUUACGUCAUCUCGAACUCAUAUGGCCCUGAUGGGGAGCACUGUCUGCUGCGCAUCACGGAUGCAGGUGUGGUCUAAUGCCGGGCAAACGGAUUCUGCGGAUU